AUGCUGUCAACAUGCGCCUCGCUAGGCAGCACGCUGUGGGAAGUCUGGGGUGGGCCACUGGUCGAGACGCUAGGGAUACACGAACCAAGCGACAGGAGCUACGGCAGAUGGAACGUGCCCUUUUCAGCCAUGGAGAAGAGGCUGUAUGAGAAGGACGAUGUCGAUAUUUCGUUUCACAAGGUCAUGCUCGAGAACGGGAAGGACUGGGUAUGGUAUCAGGUAUGGCAGGAUCCAGUCGCUGUUCGAGACACUGGUCGGAACGCUGAUAUGAUUUUCGUUCACGGCACAGGAGUGCAUUCGGGAACACUCGCGAGCCAGUGCCGACGCUACCUCGAUGCAGGAUUCCGACUCAUCGUUCCCGACCUGCCCUCGCACGGCUACUCGUCCGGUUUACACGUCUACCAACACAGUAUGGCAGGGUUCUGCGCCGGGCUGCAUGCAGUCCUCCACGAUGUCGCACGACGCGAUCAAUCGCAGUCCCUCUUCCCAGCCAUCGCCCCGACUAAGCUCGAACGUCGAAAGACCUUCAUGCUCGGCCUCUCGUUCGGCGGGCUGGUCGCCUUCUCGUACGCACUCCAAUACCCCGCCUCGUACCGGUACGACGAAACCGACGCCUCGGAAAUCCCCAUCGACGGUCUGAUCGGCGUCGGCCCCAUGGUGGCGUCCAACACGCGGUUUGUCGUCGUCAACGCCUUUCUGCGCUUGCUGUUCAUCAUGCUGUACCACGUGUUCAAGCUGGGGCGGUUGGAGGUGAUUGUGCCGCACAAGAAGGUGGUGGACAAGGACCCGAAGGUGUACGAUUCGCUGAUCAUGCAGGAUCCGCGCUCGCACAAGGGAUCCUUCCGCAUCGGACACCUGUACUGCAUCGUCGAAGCCAUGAAAGAGCUGCGAGCGCGCGCGAGCGAGAUCCGCCAUCCGGUCUACAUUCAGAUGGGCGGCGAGGACAGGGUCGCGGACAACGCUGCGGCGCUGCGCUGGAUCCGCGAGACCAAGAGCUCGGACAAAAAGCACGAGGUGUAUCCCAUCUGUCAGCAUGUCAUCUACAAAAAGGCCAAGAAUCAGCACGAUGACCUUGCAGGCCGCAUCAGUGUGAUCGCCGACAACGUCGCGUGGAUGGUCGAGCGCUCGCCUGCGGUCCUCAGCAGUGCUGGUGCCGGUGCCGGGACGAUGGCGCGUAGACGUCAACAGCUGCGCCUGGCCUCGUAUACUAGCGACGGCGGCUCGAGCAGCAGCAUCAGCAGAAGCACGUCGCGCACGUCGCUCUUCGACAACGACGAGGAUGAGGACGAAGACGACAUUUCCAUCGCCACCACGGUCCCCACCACCCCGCUGCUCACCGACUCGGAAGCGCUGGAGAAGCGCACAAGCGGUGAGCAAAGCUUGCAUCUGCUGCCCGAACACCUCAGUGGGUGGACAGUGGACGAGGAGGGAGAAAAGAGAAUGUAUAGGCUGUUUUGGAGCUUCCGCGAGGAGACCCGGCCGUUCUUGUACGAUACCAACCCAACCACCGCUGCCUCCUGA